AUGAUUUUGCGGGAGCAAGUCGAUUUCCUAUAUAAAAGAGCGAAUGAUAAUAAUGGGAAUGGUGAAGCUAUUACGGAUGACGAUCCGUUUAGCUCGUCCUCGUGGAGAUGGGGAAGAUGGAUUUUUUUUAUUUUUUUCAUAGUUGCACUCCUUAUACUUUUAUUUUCAACUGCCAAAGUGAACAGAAGAAGACGAAUUAUGGGCCAGGCUCCUAUUAGGGGAACGGCUUGGUUAACUCCGCCUACCUACAGACAAUCCGAAAGAGAUUAUAAUGGCACACAACGUUGCGUUGAAGACUAUGUUCCUGAAUAUACAGAAACAACAAAUGAGAAUGAUUUGGGGUUUUAUGAUGAGCGAGGAGAGUUUCAUCCUAACGGUAAAACGGAGUAUUUAGCGCCGCCGCCUUUAUCAGAAGACCAUGCGAGCUUUACUGAUAAAGAUUUUCAGCGGCCAGUCGCUGCUGUUGUAAGAAUUCCUAGUGAAACUGAAUUUGAUUUGAAUCUGCUUAGACCUACUAUGAAUAAUUUCCCUAAUGGUCAGAAUAAUCGCAACGAACAGCGUUCUCCAACAGUUGAGUCAUUCUCUUUUGACAUUGAUAAUGCACCUGCAAGGGCAAGAAUAAGUAGGUGA